UCAGCCAUUCAUUAAGAGUAAAAAUUAAAAAGUCAACAUCUCUUCUCUCAGAUCAUCAGUGAGGAAAACCCAGACAAAUUUUGAGCUAUUUCAUAACCUACCAGACUUAUCAUGCUAACACUGAAUAAAACAGACCUAAUACCAGCUUCGUUUAUUCUGAAUGGAGUUCCAGGACUGGAAGACACACAACUCUGGAUUUCCUUCCCAUUCUGCUCUAUGUAUGUUGUGGCUAUGGUAGGGAAUUGUGGACUCCUCUACCUCAUUCGCUAUGAGGAUGCCCUGCACAAACCCAUGUACUACUUCUUGGCCAUGCUUUCCUUUACUGACCUUGUUAUGUGCUCUAGUACAAUCCCUAAAGCCCUCUGCAUCUUCUGGUUUCAUCUCAAGGACAUUGGAUUUGAUGAAUGCCUUGUCCAGAUGUUCUUCAUCCACACCUUCACAGGGAUGGAGUCUGGGGUGCUUAUGCUUAUGGCCCUGGACCGCUAUGUGGCCAUCUGCUACCCCUUAUGCUAUUCAACCAUCCUCACCAAUCCUGUCAUUGCAAAGGUUGGGCUUGCCACCUUCCUGAGAGGGGUAUUACUCAUUAUUCCCUUUACUUUCCUCACCAAGCGCCUGCCCUACUGCAGAGGCAAUAUACUUCCCCAUACCUACUGUGACCACAUGUCCGUAGCCAAAUUGUCCUGUGGUAAUGUCAAGGUCAAUGCCAUCUAUGGUCUGAUGGUUGCCCUCCUGAUUGGGGGCUUUGACAUACUGUGUAUCACAGUCUCCUAUACCAUGAUUCUCCGGGCAGUGGUCAGCCUCUCCUCAGCAGAUGCUCGGCAGAAGGCCUUUAAUACCUGCACUGCCCACAUUUGUGCCAUUGUUUUCUCCUAUACUCCAGCUUUCUUCUCCUUCUUUUCCCACCGCUUUGGGGAACACACAAUCCCCGCUUCUUGCCACAUCAUUGUAGCCAAUAUUUAUCUGCUCCUACCACCCACUAUGAACCCUAUUGUCUAUGGGGUGAAAACCAAACAGAUACAAGACUGUGUCACAUGGAUACUUUCAGGUUCUAAGGAUACCAAAUCCUAUAGCAUGUGAAUAAACACUUGCCAGGAUUGAGAAGAGAAGGAAAGAAUUACUUCUAUUUGCCUCUUAUGCAGGAGUUGAUAAAAUCUUUCUGGAAGUACGGUAUUGAUCACAAAAUGGAGUUUGUUGACUGGUGCAUUCUCAAUAAGUACCUUGGGAAUCUCUUCACUGGAAGGCCCACCAACAUUUCUAUAUAUUUUUUACCUUCUCACUCAUGUGAAGGACCAGUCUAAUAAUUAAACCAUAUUUUAUUCGACAAAA